UUACCGCGGCUUAAACUUCCUUUUUAAAUUUUGGAUUCAAGUUGAUUGCUCAAUAACUGUGUAGUGGACAAUUGUCGCUGUGAACGAUGGGUUCGAUGGCGCCGUCGCCUGCGGUGGUUUCUGCUCCUGAUUCCGAUCAAUCUAACAGUCUUCACAACGUUUUCGUCUAUGGGACCCUCUUAGCAGACGACAUCCUUCGUGUUCUUCUGAAGCGCAUUCCUCAAUCGUCUUCUGCUGUUCUCCAUGGCCAUCAGAGAUUUAGCAUUCGAGGACGUUUGUAUCCAGCUAUUUUGCCUGUUGUGAAUGAGAGAGUUACCGGAAAGGUUCUCUUUGACAUCACGAAACCAGAACUGGAUAUUUUGGAUAUAUUUGAAGUUGUUGAAUAUGAAAGAAGGGCUGUUGAGAUUUCCUUGGUGGAUGGUUCCGAGAAAUUACCAGCUCUUACUUAUGUUUGGAGGAACAACGUAGAUCCAAACUUGUAUGGAGAGUGGAGUUUCGAGGAAUGGAAAAAGUUGCGAAGGGAGGAGUUUGUAGAGCUGGCUACUAGAUUUGUGGAAGAGUUGCAAUUGGCUGAGCCAAAGUCUGACGUGGCAAUUUAUGACUCGUUUUACAAUAUAGAACGAGGUGAUAUCACUCUCAUUGAUUGAUAUCAAAUAAUAAGUGGUAUCCAAUGUUGAAGAAUUUAAAUCAUUGUUGGUCAUCUUACUAUCUCAUGGUCCAUAAAAACAAAGAUAAUUACAUAGCUAUGUAAUUCCUCUCCCAUAAAAGAAAAACAAAAACAAAAGUAAUGUAUAACAACUUAGAAUUGUGUGUGGAUAUAAAAUGUAAAUCUAUCAACUUCUAUCCGUAUGUGUGAGAUACAUUGAUAGAAGUUUUUCAAUAAUGUCUAUAACGAGUCGUUUGGAUUGUAGAUAUUAUUUCAUGGUUAUAUAUAUUAAUGUAUGGAUUGGGAUGAAUAUUAUUAAUUAAA